CUCGUAAAGCAUGUGGGAUGUGAUUUACUGUUCACAUGACUGCAGUCUCGGUAGCGGUUUAUGUUUAUCAGCACAGAGUUCCUCCACAGACUCACUUACCGGCUUCGGUCUCUACCGUCUCUACCAGCGACACCUGAAAGCCUCCUCUCCCCGGUAACGAAAGCUUAACGACCGCCGGCCGCUGCUCGGUGCAAAGAUGGCUCUGACCGGUUUAGUCCUCCUGUUUUCGGUCGUUCUGUCCUGUGUGAGCGCCGGAGUGUUUUUCAACCAGAAGCAGCCGUGUUAUGUCCGCUCCCCGAGGAAACACGACUUCGGGCAGAAGACUGCUCCUCGUCCUCAUGAGUAUUUAAACAUUUCUGAACUGCCCAAAUCCUGGGACUGGAGGAACAUCAAUGGCACCAACUUUGUGAGCACGACCCGCAACCAGCACAUCCCCCAGUACUGCGGCUCCUGCUGGGCCCAUGGCAGCACCAGCGCCAUGGCAGAUCGUAUUAACAUCAAGAGGAAAGGAGCGUGGCCAUCUGCUUAUCUCUCGGUCCAGAAUGUGGUGGACUGUGGGGACGCCGGCAGCUGCCACGGAGGAGACCACAGCGGAGUGUGGGAGUAUGCGAACAAACAUGGCAUCCCAGAUGAGACCUGCAACAACUACCAAGCUAAAGACCAGAAGUGCAAACCCUUCAAUGAGUGUGGCACCUGCACCACCUUUGGAGUGUGCAACAUUGUGAAGAACUACACCCUGUGGAAAGUGGACGAUUUUGGAAAUGUCAGCGGGAGGGAGAAGAUGAUGGCCGAGAUCUACGCCAGAGGACCCGUCAGCUGUGGAAUAAUGGCCACAGACACGUUGGAUGCAUACACCGGAGGUCUGUACAUGGAAUAUCAGGAGGAUCCUUACAUCAACCACAUCGUGUCAGUGGCAGGGUGGGGAGUGGAGAACGGUGUGGAAUACUGGAUUGUACGCAACUCCUGGGGAGAGCCAUGGGGAGAGAAGGGCUGGCUCAGGAUCGUGACCAGCGCCUACAAGGGAGGAAGUGGAAGCUCCUACAACCUGGCGCUGGAGGAGGACUGCAUGUACGGAGACCCAGUGGUCCCCAAGGGAUAUCUGUAGAUGAACCAGCGUCACUUCACACUUCUCCCUGUCUCUGGUAGAGGGAAGGCUUUUAUGUGUAAAAGUUGAAAAGGGAAUAUGUUCUGAUUUUAUUCACGAGGUCUAUUUUCUACACUUGUUAUCAGGGGAUCAGAGUUCAGUGCCAUGGUCUUCCAGCUGGACCUCAGACCUGCUUGAAUCAACGUACCACAGAUAGUGAUUACAAAUAUACAUUUAUCAGAAGGGCUGAAACACAUCAUUGCUAAUUUCUGCUAAAUUCAUGCUCAGCCUGCUGAAAAGCCAUAUUAGAGAGGGGAAAGAUGCAAGACAUUCUUCGGUUUACAUCAAGAAGACUUGCUGUUUUUUUUUAGAUAAGAUAAUGCAAGCUGACUCAGCCAAAGAACACAGCUUAUAAUUUGUCCUGCACUGCUCCAACACUGAAUGUUUUUAGUGUGUGGUGUUUAAAGUGUGCCUUAAAUGCACUGGCAGUUAAAGGUGGGGUAGGUAAGUUUGAGAAACCGGCUCGAGAUACACUUUUUGUUAUAUUCCAUGGAAUGCUCUUAACAUCCCGAUAGCAAUGAAUAUCUUAAGUGCUUUGACAAAAAAUCCAUAAAAAAGUCAUCUGUGGAAGCCGUAGCGCUGUAAAAAGCCGUAGUACUGUAAAAAGCACGACCAAUCAGUCGGCUAAAAUAACUGGAUGGCCUACCUGCCUGUCAGCAUUCCAUCUGUGCACAAACGUAUCUCGUGCCCUCAUUGGUCAUGUGCGCGUUCGUGUGUGUUGGAGGAGGGGCUCUGUAAGGAAGUGGCAGAUUUUUUCCGGCUGUGUAUUUUCAAAUUCUAGCGCACUCGAGCCGGUUUUCUCCAAAAUUACCUACCCCACCUUUAAGAAUACGUUGAUAUCAUUUUCUUUUCACACAAUCUAAACAUUAAAAAAAAGGAAAUGUUUUUUUAAACUGCCAAUAAACACAACAUUUAAACUGAUGUUCCUCUCUUUACCUGAUUCAAACAUGUCUGUAAAAUAUGUCCUGUGGUGACUUUAUUACACAGUUUACUGCAUAGA